CCUGAGUAUUAAAGAUGAGCUAAAUGCAUCUCUGGGCUAUAAGGAGUAAGUAGCUGAGUGGGAAGAACAAAAUAAACAAAUAGUUGCAACAUAUGUGAUGUGUACAGUAAUAGAAGUAAGUGUCAGAUAUGGAGAUAGCCCACUGGAAGGACUAAUGAACUCUCUGGUAGGAUAGUACCCAGAAGGUAGUGUUUGCCAUAGGCUGUUAGGGUCGACCAGGAGUUCUAGAAGGGGAUAAGGAGCUAGACCAUAAAUGGUAACCCCCUUAUAGCCCCUUCAUCAGUUACCUGAAAAUGUGCUGGAAGUGGAGGUAGCACACUACAGGAAGUGUGUGGGCUUUCAAGCUAUGCAAAUUUAAAUCCUGGCCCUUCUGUUUAUGAAGAUUAAGACAUUUGGCACAUUUAAAAAUUCACUUAUAGGAUGCAGUUCUUGUGUGAUAUAAAUGAGUAAUGUAAUGAAACUGCCUGGCGUAAUUCCUGGCAAUACCAGAUAGGCACUUAUUAAGUGUUGACUUACUUAUCGUGUAAAAAUGAUGAAUGAACUAAAAUGUUCAGCUCUGAAGUUUUUAAGGUUUUUGAUUCAGUCUUAUAAUAUUCAUCAAUAAAAUGGACAGGUAUAUUUGGCUGAAUACUCAUGAUUGUAGUGUGCAAUUCUCUGGAGGGUGAAAUGUACCUGAGGUCUUUAUGGAAUGUUGUCAUUGGGGGAAAAGUAAAAUUAUGUUCCUCAGAAAUUGAUCUUGAUCUCAUACAGAAAAACUUCAAAAUGACCUGAAUGUACUUUUGUGUGUGUGUGUGUUUGUGAGAAUUCUUGGUUAGUUUGUAUAUGGCAACAGUCCGAUGCAAAUGAAAGCCAUUUUAAAAACUAGUAUUAGAUUUCAGACAGAUUUCUAUUAACUGGAUCAGUUGUAAAAAUUAUUGAAUGCAGCAAUUAAAUGAUAGAUACCUAGCAAAGGAAAAUAUAGAUAGAAAAUUAUUGGUUAUGUAUAAGAUUCAGGGACCACAGUAGAUAAAAAACUGAUUAAGUAAUGUACUGUUUUUAAAAAUGAUAACUCAUUGAGUUAAAUAGUUAUUAUAACAUGAGACAGCUAUGAGGUAAUCUUUCCAUCCUGUUCAGCACGGGUCUUAUCUUACCUAAGGUCACUGUGUAAUUUUGGGCUUUACAAAUUGAAUAGACAUUUGGAAGAUUUGCAGGGGGUUUGUUAUUGGCUUUUGUUGUUGUUAGAAAUUUAAAGGAACUGAAAUUGCCUGAGAGAAUGAAAAAUGCAGGCAUUUAAUACUGGUUUUCAAGUGUAUAUAAAGCCUAGCUCUAGAGAAAUGACCAAAGUGUUUUCUUUCUGUUUAGGAAAGCAAAAAUGUAAAUGUUACAUAGAAGGAAAUAUAAAGGGAAAGAAUUCCUGACCUAUGGGUGUUAAGUUUCUAAAAGUAAGGAGGAUUAUGACUAUUUCCUUUAUAUAGAUCCUUAAUAUUGAUACAGAUUUUUUUCGGAGUGUGAAAGUUUAAGUUGAACUCUAAAUCUUGAUGAAAUCUACCAGCUUAUUUAGGUCUAUGCUAUUGGUUCCAAUGAGACUGGAAUGUAAAAAAAUGUAAAAGGAUCAGUGCAGAUAGUUUGGGAUUAUCAGAAGAGUAACUCAAAAUAUAGACCUUGUAGAUGAUAAAAGUAGUAGUAUCUUUGUGGCAUCCAUCAACACAAUGUUUGCUUGUAUGUUUACAGUAUGCAUGGCAGUCACUAUAGUGGGGUACUUAGUAUAAGAUAAGGCCUUUCUCCUCCAGGAGCUUACAGUACUGUUACCUGUGCAGAGAUGAACUGUUAAAUAACAAUACUGGAAGGGUCGAUUAAAUGCUAGACUCAAGGGAUACCUCAAGUUUGGAGUACAGUUACAGAACCUUCUGCAGAAGUUCAUAAUUGGACCCUUGAGGACACACUUCAGUGGUUGAUAGAAUUUGUUGAACUACCCCAAUAUGAGAAGAAUUUUAGAGACAAUAAUGUCAAAGGAACAACGCUUCCCAGGAUAGCAGUGCAUGAAACUUCAUUUAUGAUCUCUCAGUUGAAAAUUAGUGACCGGAGUCACAGACAGAAACUUCAGCUCAAGGCACUGGAUGUGGUUUUGUUCGGACCUCUGACACGCCCUCCUCAUAACUGGAUGAAAGAUUUUAUACUCACAGUUUCUAUAGUAAUUGGUGUUGGAGGGUGCUGGUUUGCUUACACGCAGAAUAAGACAUCAAAAGAACAUGUUGCAAAAAUGAUGAAAGACUUAGAGAGUCUACAAACUGCAGAGCAAAGUCUAAUGGAUUUACAAGAGAGGCUUGAAAAGGCACAGGAAGAAAACAGAAAUGUUGCUGUAGAAAAGCAAAAUCUAGAGCGCAAAAUGAUGGAUGAAAUCAAUUUCGCAAAGGAGGAGGCUUGUCGGCUGAGAGAGCUAAGGGAGGGCGCUGAAUGUGAAUUGAGUAGACGUCAGUACGCAGAGCAGGAAUUGGAACAGGUUCGAAUGGCUCUGAAAAAGGCUGAGAAAGAAUUUGAACUCAGAAGCAGCUGGUCUGUUCCAGAUGCACUUCAGAAAUGGCUUCAGCUGACGCAUGAAGUAGAAGUACAGUACUACAACAUUAAAAGACAGAAUGCUGAAAUGCAGCUAGCUAUUGCUAAGGAUGAGGCAGAGAAGAUCAAGAAGAAGAGGAGCACGGUCUUCGGGACCCUGCACGUGGCGCACAGCUCCUCCCUGGAUGAGGUGGACCACAAGAUCCUGGAGGCCAAGAAAGCUCUCUCUGAGUUGACAACUUGUUUACGAGAACGACUUUUUCGCUGGCAACAGAUUGAGAAGAUCUGUGGCUUUCAGAUAGCCCAUAACUCGGGACUCCCCAGCCUCACCUCGUCCCUGUAUUCUGAUCACAGCUGGGUGGUGAUGCCCAGAGUCUCCAUUCCACCCUAUCCAAUUGCUGGAGGAGUCGAUGAUUUAGACGAAGAUACUCCCCCAAUAGUGUCACAGUUUCCUGGGACCAUGGCUAAGCCCGCCGGAUCGCUGGCCAGAAGCAGCAGCCUGUGCCGCUCCCGCCGCAGCGUGGUGCCGGCCUCGCCGCAGCCCCAGCGCGCCCAGCCCCCUCCGCACGCCGCGCCCCUGGCGCACGCCCGGCACCCCCACCACCCCCCGCACACGCAGCACUCGCUGCCUUCCCCUGAUCCAGAUAUCCUCUCAGUGUCCAGUUGCCCUGCUCUUUAUCGAAAUGAAGAGGAGGAUGAGGCCAUUUACUUCUCGGCUGAAAAGCAAUGGGAAGUGCCAGACACAGCUUCAGAAUGUGACUCCUUAAAUUCUUCCAUUGGAAGGAAGCAGUCCCCUCCUUCAAGCCUUGAGAUAUACCAAACGUUGUCUCCUCGGAAAAUAUCAAGAGAUGAGCUCUCUCUAGAGGAUUCAUCCAGAGGCGACUCGCCCGUAACUGUAGAUGUCUCUCGGGGUUCUCCUGAUUGUGUAGGUCUGACAGAGACCAAGAGUAUGAUCUUCAGCCCUGCAAGCAAAGUGUACAAUGGCAUCUUGGAGAAAUCCUGUAGCAUGAGCCAGCUUUCGAGUGGCAUCCCGGUGCCUAAACCUCGCCACACGUCGUGUUCCUCAGCUGGCAACGACAGCAAGCCAGUUCAGGAAGCCCCAGGUGUCGCCAGGAUAAGCAGCAUCCCCCAUGACCUCUGUCAUAAUGGAGAGAAAAGCAAAAAGCCAUCAAAAAUCAAAAGCCUUUUUAAGAAGAAAUCUAAGUGAACUGGUUGGCUUGAUGGAAUUCCAUUCAAGUGGCAUCUUUAAACUUUUAUCUCCCACCCUUCACUCCUUCUGUUUUGUUUUAAGUUGAGGAAUGUAAUUCCAUUGGGGCUUUCCAGACUGGAUGCCAUAGUGGAAUGUCCUUAAGGGCAACUGUCUACUGUCUGCUUAUUUAAAUGACUAUAUAAUCAAUUUGUCAAGCCAGUUAUUACUGAAAAAUCAUUAAGAGAUGAGACAGUUUACAGUCAUUUUUGCCUAUUUAUUUCUGCUUUGUUGUUAGUGAUGUAUAUACAACAUUUUGUUGAAAGCCACUAUGGACUUACAAGCUUUAAUGGACUAGUAAGCCAGCAUGGGCUUGCAAAAAUUUCUUGUUUACCAGAGCAUCUUCUUAUCUUUCCACAGAGCUAUUUACAUCCUGGACUACAAUAACUUAAAAGGAGUAAAACUAAUUGCACUACUGUUUUCCAGACUGGAAAAAAAUCUCUGCGAGUGAAACUGUAUAGAGUUUAUAAAAUGACUAUGGAUAGGGGACUGUUUUCACUUUUAGAUCAAAAUGGGUUUUUAAGUAGAACCUAGGGUUUCUAACUGACUUGAUUUCUGGAAAUGAAAACCCACGCUUUUAUUAUGGGAAGCUUCUCUAAAUGCAUUUAACAUUAUAAAGUUUCGAGUCCUGCUGUAAAGAUCAUGUUGUUUUGUUUUCCCCAGGGCUUUCACUGUGAUUUUCUGCAUUGCAGGCUGUAUGAUAAAAUACAAAUAAUUUAAAGAGAGAAGGCUCUUGAUUCCUUACCCAGGUGGACGAGUUAAAACCUGAUUGAAGGACUUAAAACAUUCACAAGCUGAUACUGAGGUGGGGAGAGGUGGGGAUUCAGGCACUUGUUUACAGACUUAGUAACUGCAAAGGAUUUAUGGUUUGUGAAAAACUUGUACUGUGGAAAAGAGAAUAAAUCGAAGACAAUAUUGUGUGGGACUGUGCUGAUUUUUGUUGAUAACACUCCACUAAAAACACUAUGUUUUCUGGAGAGUCAUGUAAGCUGUCUGGUUGCUUAAUUGCAAUAUAGGAAAUAGUGAUGUGUUGGAAGUAAGUUGUCAACAAAUCUCUUUCUAUUUUAUAUUGUUUGUCGUAUUUUUAUGUAGUUUGAAAUGUUUAAAUGUUCUAAUAUCAGAAUUAACAAAUAUAAAUUUAUGGUGCAUUUA